GGGAAAAAGAACGAGAAUCGACAUUUGAAAAAACGCAAACAAGAAUCUAACCUCCAAGGUAUCCCCGUACGAACGUCGGCAUAAAAUGCGUCGUACUCGCGUGGUAGCGCGGUAGCGUAACGUUCCCGGUUUACGAGGAAGCCGAACAAUGUCUCAACAGAAUGCUCAUGGGGAACCGAAAGAAAGGAAGAAGAAGGAGAGUAUUCUUGAUCUUUCGAAAUAUCUGGAGAAAAAUAUUAGAGUGAAGUUCGCUGGUGGGAGGGAAGCUGCUGGGAUUCUGAAAGGAUAUGAUCCGCUUCUCAAUUUGGUACUUGACAACACUACGGAAUACCUCAGAGAUCCGGACGAUCCUUAUAAAUUGAAUCAAGACACUCGCAUGUUAGGUUUAGUCGUAUGCAGGGGCACGUCUGUGGUACUUAUUUGCCCAGUAGACGGAAUGGAAUCCAUUCAAAAUCCUUUCAUACAGCAAGAAGGUUAAGACACUAAAAUUGUUUUCCGUUUGACCAACAUUUCUGACAAGAAAUUAAAUUUCUUGAUCUCUG